AUGAUUGUAAAUGAUCCACCGCCGAAAUAUAAAGAAUAUUAAUAAAGAUAACUCAUAAGACAUUAAUUAAUUGUUGAUGCACUUGUUAUCUACCUGUAUAUGUAAUCAGUACUAUCUUUAAGAUUUAAAUCUCGCGCCAUGUACGUUUGACAUUAUAGGUAAUGAUAUUUUUAAUCUACUGAUAUGGUGUAUCAUUAGAUAAAACACGUCCAUUCAACUCGUAUGAUUUCAUAAGUGUAUGAACUUUUGGAUCAACAGAAUGGCUGCUAAAGUGAAGGAAGUAUCAAAGUUUUCAGAAGAUGCUAUUUUGAUUGCAGUAAAUAGCUUGCCAAGUGAGCAAAAAGAAGCAUUUGUAACAGGAUUGAACACAAUCCACGAGACUCUGGGGAUCAAACAACCAAAACAAAAACGUGAAAAAAGGAAAGUUACUGAUGAUGAGAUUUUCACCCAAAAACUUCUGCCUCAAAUACAAAAGAAAGUAGCAAUGAUCGAAGCCGGGGAAAUGGAUCAACAACUUGAACUGUCAACCAACUUUGACAUCGACACAAGAUUCGAUACCUUUAGUAUCUCGGAUUUGAAGAAAAUACACUUAAAAAUAGUUGCUCAUGAGGAAAAUUUCAAAGAUGUAACACUUCUUUUGCAAUAUUUUCGAGGACAAUUAUAUCUAACCCUGAAUAGAAAGAUAAGAAAGGAGAAUCUUCAGUGGAAGAAAUUUGUGGAACAGGAUAUGAGUUGUUCCUAUAUGACGGUGCUGCGGUACAUGACUCUGGCAAGCGUUAUUUCCUCUUAUCCGCGUCUACUCUUGUGCAGUCUUACAUUUGCACAAAUCCUUAAACACAGAGAACGACUUUGCAAGUUCCUUGAAAGUGAGACAGGGAUUCCGUUACAAGACCAACUUUCAAUGUCAUUUGACAUAAGCGUACAAGGAACAAUAAGACACAUCGGAUGUAACAGCGUUCCAAUGCCACCAAAACAAAAGUAUGAUUUUAAUCCAGACUGGGAACAUAAAGAGGAGACACCAAAUAUUAAAACAGAACAAUGGAUCGAGUCUGUCGGGGCUAUGGGAACGGAUCAGACAGACAACGAAGUUGAGGAGAUGGAAAACUAUAUAAGGGAUUUUAGAGUAGAAGAAGACAGUGAUACGGAGGUGGAAGUUUAAAUUACUUAUAAAACAUGUGACAAUGUUAAUACAUGUUCAUAGCUUACACUUACAAUUUAAAUAUCCCGCCAAAAGUAACACGCGUGUGACUUUUAUCAUUUAUCUAAUUGGGAAGUGGUACUGACAGUUUAUCUUAAUGUAACAAGACACAGAGUGGUACAUGACGAGUUGCUUUAUCUGUGUAAACCAAAUUUGUGAAUGUGUAAAGAUACCCUAGUUUAAAUAAACCUACAUGUAUUAUUAAUAGUUAUUUUUGCGUCGGAUUUCUAAAAUAUAUGUGUUUACACAACCUCUCGGAUACUACGAUAUAUAUAUAUAUAUCGCAGUAUUGUCUGAGGGAUAUUUCAGUUUUUGCUGUUUAAACGAUUUUUUGUUGUCUGUGCUCCUUUUGGAGCCUAAAAAUGAGUUAUAUCGUAGAACCCCCAUAUAUCAUAUAUAUCAUAUAACGAUAACAUAAAUGUUGAUACGAAAGAAGGCAAAGAAUGGCAGAAAGGAGCAAUUUUCAAUCGUUAAAAGACGGUUCUGAUGCAGAUUUUGAAUUUACGUGUACACCUUGCAGCAAAGACAAUAUUAGAGAAGAGGCUGAUAAGUAUUGUCCCGAAUGUCACGAGUAUUUGUGUAUGGCAUGUACAAGAUACCAUGGCCGACUUUAUGCUACACAACAUCAUAAACUGUUGGAUAAAAAUGACGCCAAUCGAGUCUUACAUAUUGCUAGGACUAAAUGCCAGUACCACGCUGACCGAGACAUUGAAAUGUACUGCAAAACACAUGAUAUGGUUUAUUGUACGAUGUGCAUUGCAACAGAACAUAGGUCUUGUGAUGAAGUAAACAAGAUUGAAGAUGUUUCUAAAAAAAGCGUAAACCAAACGGAGAUUCAAGCCCUAUUAGAUGAGACAAAAGCUGUACAUGGCACUGUGAAGUCCCUGGCAGUAAAACGGAAAGAGAAUUUAACUGCUAUAUACAAACAGAAAGAAACUAUUGAAGGGAAACUAGAUGAUACAGAGACAAAACUUAUAGAACAUAUUAGAAAAUUGAAAAGAGAGACAGCAAAAUGUUUAAAUGAUAAAUAUUCUACAUUGAAGGAAGAACUCGUAUCUUCUCUCAAUGUAUCAGUUAUAACAGCUGACGGCUUGCAGCAAACUAAGGAGCAACUGCAAAUGAUUCACAGUCUGAACUUAGAGCAGCAAUUUGUCAGGAUGAAGUUGAUGAAGAAGACAAACCAAGAUGCAAACACUUUUAUAACAGAAGGUGAGGCAGAAGGUACAAAAUUUAUUGAUUUUACUGUAUAUAAAGAGCUGGCGGACAUCAUCACAAAAGCAAAUUCUAUAGGUGACGUGACAACUGGAAUUGUCGGUGAGCAGGAAUUGAAACAGAGGCAGUACAAAAUAAAGUCAACGAAAGAGAUCAGUGUGACGAUGAGUAAUGACACAUGGAAAUGCUUAAAAUCUGAUAUCUGCAGACUUCCUGAUGGUACAAUACUUCUGACUGAUUAUAACAAUAAGAAAGUGAAAAGACUCAACGCUUAUGAUACUGUAGAAAACGUCCAUGAUUUUGAUUCUAACCCUACAGGUAUAUGUUUUGUUAGUAACAGUGAAGUGGCUGUGAAAUUAAGCAACAAUAAAAUCCAACUCUUUUUCUUUGGCUCGUCUCUGUCUAAAAGUAGGACUAUAGAUAUAAAAAACUGUCAUCAGUUAGGAUUAACAAUGUGUUGUGGUGAUCUAUGGUCAUCAGCCUCAAAUGGUGUUAACGUAUACAGUACUUCAUCUUAUCUUGUUAAAUCUAUCGACAAGGAUCAAAACGGGAAGUCUAUAUUUAAAUCCACAGUUCAGCAUAUGGCAGUCACUGCUGACACAGUGAUCGUGACAGAUAGCUCUGAUGGAGCUGUUUGUCUUAACAAAGAUGGUACGGUCAUCAGAGAGUUGAGAGACAGUAGAUUGAAGUGUACCGUAGGUGUGUGUGUAGCUGAUGACGGAACGGUAUUCUUAUGUGGAUAUCAAUCGAACAACAUCGUUUUGUUCAACAGGGAUGGUAAUUGUCUCGAAGAUGUGAUUGGGAAAGAUUUUGGCUUGAAAGCACCAGCCUGUAUGUGCUUCGACGGGACAAAAAAUAGGUUAAUUGUUGGAUUUUACAACAAAGACACCCUAUUAGUAAUUGAAUUUGCUUAAGAUAGAUAUUUAUUGGCUAUAGAUGCGAAAUAAUUAUCAAUGUUGUUUAGAACUAGGUUUAUAUUGAUGUUUUCAAGCAACUGAAAAACUCGUGUCAUAAAAUCAAUAUGUGAAUUAUUUAAAAUGUUGUUUGCAUGUUACAUUAUAUUAGUCUUUCGAUGCACAUGCGUUAGUCUUAAACGCUGUUUAGAAAAUAGAAACGUUAAUUAAAAAUAUAUUUUAAACUUUUGUAGAACAAUCUUUGUAACCUUCUAUAAACAAGAUAUAAUGCCUGUCAGUUAUAUAUAAUAUGAUAUGAAAUAUUUCUAAAAUCGUGUCAUUUGUUGCAAGCAUAUUAAACAUUAGAACUCUGUAAGGGAUAUAUUUUGAGAAAUAUUUGAAAAUGUUGCAAAACGAGCAUUUAUUAUUCUUAACCGUUCAGGCUUUAAAUGAACAUGUAUCAAAUUUCACAUGCGCAUAUUCGGAUUUAUUUUUUGUGAUGAAUGUUAGUAAAAUGUAAUAAUCAUGAUGUUAAAAUAGAUUGUUAUGUAAAUAUGUUCGCAAUGUCGGAUUGUGAUUUUAUCUUCGUUCACGAAAGGAAUACAAUAGUUUACACAUUUUGUCAAAUUCACAAAUGUUACUAACAUGCUAUAGACUCAGUUUCUAAUUUUUAAAUUACAAGAAAAAUACUUGUACCUGGUCGUAUUUGACAAGAAUAAUUAGGAGUAAUAAUCAAGUAAUGAAUGAAAUUAUACCAUUUUUUCAAGAACAACAAUAAAUACAAUUAACGUAUCAACUAUGAAAAGUCACGCCUACGUAUUAUGUAGUUAUGUUUUCAUUUUUUUUUAUAAUGAAUCGUUAUACGCUCGUUUUACAGUCCAAACAAACUGUGAACUUUCUUGAAAUAAUAAAUCAUAAAAAGAGCCGUGAUCGAGAAUCAAAUUCAGAUCACCGCUGAACUGGCAACAGUGAUAUCCACUGUGCCAUGGAGGCAUUUCAUUUGAAAAAUGACAUAAAGGUGUAUUAAACACGCUUAUUUAAAUAUCUUCUUGAUUUCAAGUGACGAAUUAAUCAAACACGAAUCUCUAUAUAUCAAAUAUGUUUACAUUCUUUUUGUAUAGUUAAAUAUUUUGAGCUUCAAUACAAUAUAUGUCAAAAACAUUUUUUUAAACAAAAUAGUUUAAGAAAACGGAUUUCUCUGAUAGAGUGGCAAUAUUUUUUUUUCGGAACAGCUUUUAAGUGACCUUCAAAUUGAACUAGGACGGUGGUUAAAGUGAAAACAAACAAGAGUUUUAUCAUUGACAUUAAUCGCUCACCUAUAUGCCAUAGAAAAUUUUAUAAUUUCUUUGAUGUAGAAGCAGAUGAAUAGUUCACAUUCAAGGCCACCGAGACUUACAAGCAGUUAAAAUUUGAACAUUGAAACCUUAGACAAUAGGCACUUGAAGCAAUGAAAGAGUUUCUCUACGCAAUACAUUUGUCAAAUAUCAAAGGUCUUGGCCUUGUAUAUUCAAAGUAAGGAGAACCGUGAACGUGUAUCUUUUCAAUGUCACAAUUUAGUAGUGCAGUGUGCAAUAUUUUUUUUUACCGCAGGGGCAUGAUUUUUUUUAUUUCUGUAGAGGCCCACUAGACAAUGCUACAUGUUUAAUUUGGAAAUAAAGUUAACAUGCUUACCAUUUAAAGGAUCAAUUUUUGCGUCUGAAAUACAAAAAACAAAACAACAUCUGACUUUAUUUCCAAGGUUAUUGACAAAAUGGUAUGACUAUUUAUGUAUGUAAUUGAAACUGAUGUUUUGC